CGGAAAAAACUGCGGUCGGGGUUGAGUUCUGCUUCUAAUAUUCUGCGGCGCAUACGUCGCAUAGAGAAGAGACGUUCUGACAGACAGUGAAAUACAAAAAAAAAAACAAUUUUUAAUGGAAAUGUCAAAUAAUAGUAUUGCAACGAUUUAAACAAAUUAAUAAUUAGUCUUGAAAGUGCUGAGGUGCCUAAUAAAUUGUAAAAUAAUUAAGGUACUCGAUUGGUCAUAGUCCACGCAAUCAAUGUGAUGUUCAAACCACUUGAACGAAUAACAAAGAAAUAAAAGGAAAUUUGAUGGUUUAAUCAUUAAUGCCAAUAUCGUAAAAUGUACCAGUCCAACUCGAAUCGCAAAAAUCUGAAAGGAAAAGUACUCGAUCCCGACAUAGAUUACUCAAAGGCGAAAAGUGUCCAUAGCAUUUCGUCCUGGUGGGGAAUAGGAGGUAUUUUCCUGAUCCUUUUCAUAGGUAAUUUAACAAGCUACACCAACUCUCACCUACCCGAUGCAUUGCGAAAUGCGCAUCUGGCCAAGUAUCCCAAUGCCUUCAUUGCGGAACGAGCCUACAAAGAUCUCAGAAUAUUGAACGAUUUCGGUCCAAAACCAACGGGAAGUUAUGCCAACGAGGUACUCGCCGUGGACUUCCUAGCUCGGGAGAUUUCCUACAUCGAUCAGUUGAAAAAUAAAAAUCAGAAACUGCUCGUAGAUAAACAGCUAGCAUCCGGUGGUUACGUGGGAAUUUACAUGAACAAAUCGGCAACCAGUGUCUACCGGAAUGUACAGAACGUUGUGGUCAAGCUGGUUGGAAAAAACGCCGAUCAAGCUUUACUACUGAACUGUCACUUUGACUCGGUUGCCACAAGCCCUGGAGCGAGCGAUGAUUUGUCUGGUUGUGCUGUGAUGCUCGAAGUGUUGCGGGUGAUGUCCCGGCAACCGGAUGUCAAUCAAUUUUCAAUUAUAUUUUUGUUCAAUGGAGCAGAAGAAACACCUUUGCAAGCAUCCCACGGGUUCAUCACAUCUCACCGGUGGGCCAAGCAGGUGCAUGCCUUUAUCAAUCUCGAAUCGGCUGGUUCCGGUGGAAAGGAAAUGCUUUUCCAAAGUGGUCCAAAAAAUCCUUGGUUGGUUGAAAUGUACGCAGCAGCAAUCAUGUACCCCUACGCUCAGGCAGCCGGCGAAGAAAUCUUCCAGUCAGGCGUAAUUCCCUCGGAUACGGACUUCCGAGUGUUCCGUGAUGUAGGAGGAAUACCGGGAAUGGAUUUUGCCUACACUGCCAAUGGCUAUCGGUACCACACAAAGUACGAUUCAAUAGAUUACAUUCCGAUGUCGGUGCUGCAGCGAACAGGAGAUAACAUUCUGUCGCUCACGAAAACGAUCGCCAACUCGGACCAACUUGGUGUACGCCACCAGAAAACGGAGCAUACGGUGUAUUUCGAUUUCCUGGGACUGUUUUUCAUAUUCUAUUCGGCAGACGUUGGACUUAUGAUCAACUUGUCGGUGGUUUUAUUAUCGAUCAUCAUUCCAUUUCUGGCACUGGCCCGAUCGACCAGUGGAACUCACGGAAGGGAAAUCAGAUCUGAGACUAUUAUUGGAUUCGUGGCGACAUUCCUAGGAGCCGCAGCUUCUGCUUUGAUUUGCUUCUUCAUCGGCUACCAGCUAGAUUUGCUAGGACGCUCAAUGUCCUGGUAUUCAUCUACCAACCUGGUACUGGGAAUAUACUGCUGUCCAGCGUUACUUUGUCUAUGUUUAGUGCAUAUAGCAUGCGCCAAAGUUUUGGCCAGUAAAACGACCCCACUCAGCCUAGCCCUGAAGGUUCAAGCUCGAUUGAAUGGUGUCAAUUUGUUCUGGGGGAUGGUGACUUUGGGAAUCACUUUUACGGGAUAUCGAAUUGCAUACGUAUUCAUGAUCUUGAUACUCUUCUCGCUGUUAUCGAAUACCCUAAUUUCAAUGUUUGGACUACAGAACUCGGUUCACAAAUGGCUCUUUGUUCAUUUGAUUUUUCAAAUAUUUGCCAUGCUAUGGUGCACACAAUUCUAUCACUUGAUGCUGAACAUGUUCAUUCCAAUAAUGGGACGCAUCGGUGCGUCCGUCAAUCCAGAUUUUAUAAUCGGAGCAAUGGCGGCUGCCAUUACUUUGUUCAGCUGUAGCUACAUGACACCGUUACUGUUUCUACUGAAAAAGACUGACAAGCUACUCGGUGAGCUGGUCGCGAUCACGUCGAUCGCACUGAUUCUGGCAACUUUCACGCACGUGGGCUUCCCUUACAGAGACGACAGCAUGAAGGCACCGACCGUCCAGCGACAUUACAUUACGCAUACACUCCGAACAUUCUACGACUACAACGGCGGCGUACGUUAUACCGAUUCAGGCUUUCUGUUGCAGGAGCUGGAUCGCAAUGCUAAAAAAACCAUUGAAGGUAUUGCGAUGCCGGACACAAUCACUCCCAUGCGCGAGAUUCCCGCAUGCGAAAAGGAGCUGUUUUGUGCGAUUCCUUUCUACUCCAUUUGGCAUCAGGUUUUGUUCGAAAAUUUCUGGUUUGCGGGACCGUCGCCAUUGAUACACUCCGAGGUGAAAUGUCAUCUAAGAAAUAAGGACAAACUGACGGAUCAUGUGACGAGGUUGCAGCUCACUCUAAAAGGUGAUCAUCAAUGUGCCCUAGUCAUCGGUCCAAAGCCGGGUGUCUCACUCACAAAGUGGGACAUUGUCAGUGAGAUUCCAGAUCCGAUCGAGUUCAACGGACAGAGAGGGUACUUCGUACUUAUUAGCAGUGGUCUCAAUCCCGGACCAAUGAACAUCACACUUCAGCUUCGACACGAAAUGCCCAACUAUGAUGGACCGCUUGUUGACAUGACCGUUACAACAACAUUCUGGGAACACCAGAAACAUCAUACGCCGGUUUUUAAUAAAUUACUAGCACGGGUUCCGACAUGGGCGCAUGUCGUUCCUUCGGUUGCUGCGGUCAAUAGCUACACAUUCUAAAGCACUUUUGCAUGCUCAACUAGGUGAUAAUAUUAGUAAUAGUCUUACAAAUUGUAAGGUAAUGGAUUAUGGUAAGAUUUAAACUUUUAAUCACGAGUCCGUUUCGUGAUAGGGACUAACAAUUUUCAAUGUUCAAUAAUAUUUUAUAAUAUUAUUGCUGGCACACCAUUUCAUUUCGCAAUUAUAGUUCCUAAAUGUAACUGCUAUUUGGCAUUCACUUGAUAUUAUCUCUUUAUAAGACACAAAAGAAAACAAUAUUAGCAAUAACGACGUAGUCGACUAGAAGUUUUUGUUUUUUUUUUUUUGUUUAUUCAGUAGAAUUUCAACAGAAGCUUUUACGCAAUUUUACCUAAAGCUCUUAUCAUUUGCUUAUAGGAUAUCAGUUGAAUGAACAAAGUAGAUCUUUCAUAUCGAAUAAACUAUCAUAAGUCUAAAUGAAUAAAGCAAUACCCUUUAGUUUAACACUAUGCAAUUUUAUAUGACCUACUGUUCAUUGUUCCAACUAAUUGCUACAAUUUAUACUUAACAGAAACUAGUUAGUAAGUCGUUGCAAGCACAUACUUACAACGGUACAGUUGUAAUCUGUACUAUGCCUAGCCUUCUACUACAACAAUAUCUAGAACUCGCAACGAGUAAUUAAUACGCUACCCUUCCUUCUUGCCUUUAAUAAAACUUUCAAACACGAUAACUUUGAAUCAUCGUAGUGUUUUCAAA